CAGAUGUACAGGGCGAGCGCCGGAGACCUGUUUGAUCUUUUCAAACGCCAAAGAGUUAGCAGGCCUCCGUGCUGAUUGCGAGGCCAGGCGACCAGUGAGUGAUGCGGCCUCGGUCUGCAGUAUCUGGCAUGUUAACACCCUGGGUCAAACAACACAAUCUACGCGUUCGGACGAGCUCCGUUAUUUUGAGCUCGGAAAUCCUUUUUACACGUUCGAGACAUUUCAUCUUGCGAACCUAUUAGGGCUGAGUAUGAUUUUUAAAAAAUGGCAUUCGAAUCAUUAUCCUUGUUUAUGUAGGUUUCCCUGUCCAGGUCCUUGCUUCAUCUUCAACUUCUGAGUAAAAGUAGAAAUAGAUGUAAAUAAAGUAAUUCUCUCGUCAUGUUAUGCAGCAGUACUGUUGUUCUUGUUAUCCGUUUCACAGCGUCUUUCUAGAUGAAUGGCGUUCACACUACAUAGUACACCCCAAAGACCCCUCAUUAUAAAAUCACACCCAUCACUAAGAUCGGAGGAGCAGACCUCAGGAAUGGAAACACAUUGGUGCGACAACGUUGCGGAUCCAUGGCUUGGCUCCGACUUGCAACGUUUCGCAAAACCUCAGGCGACGGCGCUUUUGCUCUGGAAUGCUCCACGCAUACACGAGGCGAUGACAAUGGUGCAUGAGAAUGGGAGAGAAAGACAGGAAAGCUCUUCAGUGCGUGAGGCGUAUGAGCUAUUCUGUAAAGAGGUUGUUUUCGACUUCUACCUGAAACAAGAUGGACCACUAGGCGAUGAGGCGAACAAGGCAUCGCUCGUGAAGGCUUGGUGUAAGGACCCAAGCGCUAAUCUAGUUUACAAUAUAUUUGAAGCGCAAUAAGUCAAAUUAUUAUGACCCCCCGCUCAGAUUUCGAUUUGAACCUCGAAUCUUGCAUUGAACCAAAUUAACUUCAUUCAGUGUCUGUUUCUAUGCAAAAGCAACAUUGUGUAGAAACAGUACCGAAGCUUACGGGCUUGUAAUCGUAAUGUCCUCGAAGCAUUUGAGGUCCUUCAGCCUUGAACGUGAUAAAUUAAACUUUGUGGUGGAUGAUGUGCUA